AUGACCAACGGGCAGCCACCCCAGCCAGAAAAUCAGAAUACCCUCACCGCAAAUCCCGCAAUGCCACUUUUUCGGGCAACGGGACGCACGCUGCGAUCAACCUCAGUCUCAACUGUCACGAGACUGCUCGAGUACAAUCCCUCCGGUGGGAUGUGGCAGGCGACCGGGACUGCCAUCGCACACGCUCCGAAUGUGACAGAUCUGAGAUCACCCGAUGAGAUCUUCUUCGAUGUACAUGGUCGAGGUAUCAGACGAGUUAGCACGCAAGAUAAAAUUGGCGGUACGAUAAUUCGAAGAGCAACGGCGCCAACUAUAGACCUCGGGCCCCUGCGCGAUGAUCAGAAACUAGCUGGAGCGGUCAAAAGCCUCCCUAGACUUUCAUUUGAUCAUCCUAAGAGAAAUCAAGCUCAUAAUCACCCAAAGGCGUCUUGGGCCGACGCCUUCAAGAAAGGAUCUAUUGCAGCAGGCAGGUUCAUUCUCACACCGACAGGUGUUUUCAUUGUUGUUUAUGGCCUCAACGUUAUUGCUUGGGGGGCCAUGCUAUUUUUCCUCUUGUUGGAUGUUGGUUCGAUGAGCAAAGAGCGCAAAGAAGUAUGGAUUGAAAUUGACUCCCAGAUUCUCAAUGGAUUGUUUUGCCUGACUUCGUGGGGACUGGCGCCGUGGCGGAUUCGCGACACAUAUUGGCUGCUGAUGUGGCAUUUUGGUUCGGCCGAGACAUCCAAGGAGUCGAUAAUGCAGCUUGCAAAGCGAAAUUCCAGCUGGUUUAGAAUAUGUGAUCCUGAUUCCAGUGAGUGUGAGACUCUGACAGGCAAGGUCGCUCCACCUACCGAAACAUGGAAAUGGACUUCGUGGUGA